GUAAAAACCCUUAGUAUAAUUUUGUGGUAGAUUUCUUUAUAGGCAAUCUCUUACAGAGGAGGUUUUUUGUUGUUGUUUUAUUUUGUGAUUUCUUACCUCACUUUUUCUUUCUUUUUUUUUUCUUUUUAACCAUCCUUGUCUGCCUCCUCCUCUUGGUGCCUGUCAGGCAUACUCAGUUAACACACAUCAGAGAGAGUGGUGUGAGUAAACACCAGGACUGGAGUGGAGUGUCUCACCUUGGUUUCCCUUGAGUUGCUCCCUUGGGUACUGUUUGUCUUUUAUUCUUGACUUGGCACCUGUAUAACAGGGACAAUCAGUUACUACACUUUGAUUUUCAGUCUAAAUUUGUAAAACUCUAAAUGAAAUCUGUCUUACUUUGUGAUAAAUGUAGCCCUGAAAAGUGAAAUGAAAAUACUUAUCUAUAUUUGGCCCAACUGUAUAACCAGCAAGUACUGACUGAAACUUUUUUCCCCCAUGCCUUAUAGUUUGUGAUUUUAAAAAUAGCUUGGAAUUUCUAAGAAGUCCAUGAUUUAUGAAGGAUUCUGUAUAAUACCCUCCACUAUGUACCUUAAAGUCUUAAUGUUUUUCAAGUUAGAAGUAACCUUAGAGCAAGUAGUAAAAACUACCUCCCCCAACGAUUUCACAAAUGAGGUAUUAAGCUUUUAGAUAAAGUACCUCCCCAAACAUUUAAGAUAAGAUUCCACUUUUAAAAUGAAUAAAUACACAUUUUUCAGAAACAUGAUUGUUAUUUUAAAAGGUUGUGUUUAUAACUGACCAGAGGCCACAGAGGCAUGAAAACAAGGAAGUGGGCUUUGGAGCCAGACCAGUAUCUGGAGUAGAACAGAAAAAUUAUUAUGCCUGUGCUCCUUUGGGACUCUUUGGAAAUUAUACAGUGACAUCUUCUGGGAUUUAGUCUGGAGUGUGCAGAUUGGUGCCUAAAAUGGAAGUAGACAUAAAUGGGGAGUCCAGAAGUACCCUGACCACCCUACCCUUGCCUGUGGCUGAGGUGAGCUCCCCAGGAAAAGCAGAGGCGGAGAAGCCUCGCUGCUCCAGCACACCCUGCUCACCCAUGAGGCGAACUGUGUCAGGCUACCAGAUCCUCCACAUGGACUCUAACUAUUUGGUUGGCUUCACAACUGGCGAGGAACUCCUGAAGUUGGCCCAGAAGUGCACUGGAGGUGAAGAGAGCAAGGGAGAAGCCUUGCCUUCCUUUCGCUCCAAACAGCUGGAUGCAGGACUUGCACGUUCCUCUCGUUUGUAUAAAACCAGAAGUAGGUACUACCAGCCAUAUGAGAUUCCAGCUGUCAAUGGCAGGAGGCGAAGGCGGAUGCCCAGCUCAGGAGACAAGUGCACUAAAUCCUUACCUUAUGAACCUUAUAAGGCCCUCCAUGGGCCCCUGCCUCUUUGUCUUCUUAAAGGUAAGAGGGCUCACUCCAAAUCUCUGGACUACCUCAAUCUAGAUAAAAUGAACAUCAAGGAGCCAGCUGACACGGAAGUGCUACAGUACCAGCUUCAACACCUAACCCUCCGCGGGGACCGAGUGUUUGCUAGGAAUAAUACAUGAAUGACUCUCACAGUUUAAGUCACUUUAGGUCAGCCUGCACUUGGCUAGAGAAAAUCCACUGUUGUACUCUGUACAUGACUCUUCACAUUAUAGAUGGUUAUAUCAGCUAAGUGUCCCUGGAAUAUAAAAAUUGUUUGGAUCAAAUUUUGAAUACAGGAAUGAAAUCACAGGUACUUGGGGGGAGGGUAUCAUGCUAGAGCACGCAACUGCAAAGAAAACAGAAUGUUGACCGUUAGUUUGUAUAGCUCUUUAGCUAGGAAACAAAAAACAAACAAACAAAAAAAAGGCUUUGGGACAGUAAUUUCAUCUUUAUGAUUCUGACACUCAAAUUGGGAAUGUUAUCUGCUUGGUUGUUGCUGACUUGGUAUGAUUCAUUAGAAAUUUAUAUCUUAAGUACACAAGUACUUCUUGAAACUCUGUAUUUUACUAUAAAAUGUAUGUAAUGAUUUGUUUUAUGAAAUUUAGAACUUGAACAUUGCUGAAUUGGACCACUUUUUAUUUUUAAAUAUUGAGUUUAAAUAUUUUAUAACUGGUUUUGCACUGAAAAAAAUUAACAUUUCAGAUUAAGAGAAUAAUCUUUCUUCACUUGUCUCAAUAAUAUUAUUGAGCAAUGAAUUUUUUAUUUCCGCAUGGAAAGUUAUUGAUCUCUAUGGCUGUAAAAUAUUUCUUUAUAGCGUUAUUAAAGUGUGUCUUAAUAAAAUUAAAUUUGGGA